GGGCUCCUUUAGUGAAUUAGUCACUUAGAAGCUAUACAAAUAGUUUCUAUAGUUAUAUAUUACAUAUAACUAACUGGGCUUAUACUUAGGUACGUUAGGCGUGAAGAAAUAUCCCCGAGUUCCAUCUAUUAAUCUAAAAUAUUUGAACAUCUCGGAAAACCUAUAAAGGUUAGCAAUAGAUAUAUGUUAUUGGCACAGACUAGUCUAGCCAUGGCGGAACACACGAUAUCUACCUUCGGGAAUAUAGCGACUUCUAUAAAUGCCAUUCAACCCCUAGAUGGCUUUAUAAGCUAUUCGAUCGAGUUCUCGUCGUUUCCUGAUUUUGCCGGCAACAAGUCCAACCCCAACGACUUCUCAAACAACUUACUGGAUAACAUCGGUGCAUUUUCCGGAAUAAAGCCGUAUAUACGGGUUGGCGGAAACACGCAAGACUUUGCUAUAUAUAACUCCGAGCUAACUAUUGGACUCAACGGCACUUAUAACCUUUCGAGGUCCCCGGACUACCCGACUACCAUCGAGAUUGGGCCAUCGUACUUUGAAUCGUACAGCACAUGGCCCAAUGUCAAAUUUUCACAUGGCUUCAACCUGGGCGGGAACCACGACGACAGGCAGUGGGAGACGCUCCUCGAAACUGUGCCGCUGGCUUGUAGAGCCCUAGGCAAGGAUAAACUAUACUUGUGGGAGUACGGAAACGAGCCUGAUCUCUUUGUCCCGGCUGUUAGGGCAUCUGGUUAUAACGAGUCGGACUACGUAGCAGAGUGGCUAAAUGGCACGAGAGCCAUUAGGAGUGUGCUGGAGACGAGUUGUCCAGACCUCCUUGAUAAUGACACAUACGGAUAUCUAGCCCCGUCGUUUGCCGGUACUACAAACCAUCUAAACGCGCCUCGGACCUGGGCCGACGGCAUCGACGCGGACGGCGAUAUUAAGCUCUUCUCUUCUCACAACUACGUAUCCGGAGCCGAGACGCCAGGCGUUACGCUUCAGAACACACUGAUGAACCAUACAAUCACAACCCUCAGUGUCAGCGCCCACACAGCCGAUAACGCAACUAUCCAGCCGGGAAUCCCGUAUAUCCUCGGCGAGACUAACUCUCUAUACCACCAGGGACGUCCCGGCCUAUCGAACUCGUUCGGCGCCGCGCUCUGGGCCGUCGAUUUCGCGAUCCACUGCGCCGCGGUGGGAAUAGGUCGUGUGCACUUCCACAUGGGCACCGACUACCGCUACGCCUCCUGGCAACCCAUCGCCACCAACAAAACCACCGUCGGCACCAAGCCCCCGUACUACGGCAACAUCGCCGCCGCCGCAUUCCUCGGCUCCGCCGGAACCCUCGUCGCCCCCGCCCCCCUAUCAUCCGGCAACAACAACGCCGACGCCGACACCGACGUCGCGUACGCGGCGUACGAGCCCGACGGCGGCGCGCUGGCCCGGAUCCUAGUGCUGAACUUGCGCGCGUACAAUUACACGCUCAACGGCACGGGGGGCGAGGAACUGAACCCGGUUCCGAGGCCGCUGAGGAGGUAUCGGUUCAUCACGGGGUUGGGCGCGGGGUUGGAGGAGGCGCUCGUGCGCCGGUUGCGUGCGAAUGGCAGCGAUGCGGUUACGGGGGUUAGCUGGGAUGGCUGGAGUUAUGAUUACGAGUUGGACCGCGGGAAGCCGGUGAGGCUGGAGAAUGUGACUGUUGGGGAGAAGAUAGGGGUUGUGGAUGGGGCUGUGGAGCUACAGGUUGCGGAUUCGGAGGCAGCGGUUGUGGAUUUUGGGGGCGGGAGCGGGAGCGGGAGCGGUUGAGAUGAGUUAGAUGGCGUGUUGGUGGCAUGUUGAUGGGCGUAUAUGUUUACGAUCCGUGGACUGAAGAUGAUGAUACGUGUCGGUUGGUAUAUACCUUAGGUAUGAGUACCUACCUCUAGGUUAGGUAGUCUAACGAAUCAUUCGUGAAGGCUCUCCCCCUAAGUAACACGUGCCUUUACAUUAAACUAUGGUAGCUGUAAU